GGCGAGGCGGAAGCGGCCGCAGGAGGAGGAGGAGGGGGGAGAGGCCAGUCAGCGCCUAGGCGCCCAGGGUGGCACGAGCCCGCGGCCCGAGUGCGAGGCGGAGGCGAGGAGGCCGCGGGGACUGGAGGCGAGGCCGGCCGGGCCCCCGCAGCCAUGGAGAACGCGCACACAAAGACGGUGGAGGAGGUGCUGGGCUACUUCGGCGUCAACGAGAGCACAGGGCUGAGCUUGGAGCAGGUCAAGAAGCUCAAGGAGAGAUGGGGCUCCAACGAGUUACCGGCUGAAGAAGGAAAAACCUUGUUGGAACUUGUGAUUGAGCAGUUUGAAGACUUAUUAGUUAGAAUUUUAUUGCUGGCAGCUUGUAUAUCUUUUGUUUUGGCUUGGUUUGAAGAAGGUGAAGAAACAAUUACAGCCUUUGUAGAACCCUUUGUAAUUUUACUUAUAUUAGUAGCCAAUGCUAUUGUGGGUGUAUGGCAGGAAAGAAAUGCUGAGAAUGCUAUUGAAGCCCUUAAGGAAUAUGAGCCUGAAAUGGGCAAAGUAUAUCGACAGGACAGAAAGAGUGUACAGCGGAUUAAAGCUAAGGACAUAGUUCCUGGUGAUAUUGUAGAAAUUGCUGUUGGUGACAAAGUUCCUGCUGAUAUAAGAUUAACUUCCAUCAAAUCUACUACUCUGAGAGUUGACCAGUCCAUUCUCACAGGUGAGUCUGUGUCUGUCAUCAAGCACACUGACCCUGUCCCAGACCCACGGGCCGUCAACCAAGAUAAGAAGAACAUGCUGUUUUCUGGAACAAACAUUGCUGCUGGCAAAGCCAUGGGAGUGGUGGUGGCAACUGGAGUUAACACAGAAAUCGGCAAGAUCCGGGAUGAGAUGGUGGCAACAGAACAGGAGAGAACACCCCUCCAGCAGAAACUAGAUGAGUUUGGGGAGCAGCUUUCCAAAGUCAUAUCCCUUAUUUGCAUUGCAGUCUGGAUCAUAAACAUUGGGCACUUCAAUGACCCAGUUCACGGAGGCUCCUGGAUCAGGGGUGCUAUUUACUACUUUAAAAUUGCAGUGGCCCUGGCUGUGGCGGCCAUUCCUGAAGGUCUGCCUGCUGUCAUCACCACCUGCCUGGCUCUUGGAACUCGCAGAAUGGCAAAGAAAAAUGCCAUUGUUCGAAGUCUCCCUUCUGUGGAAACCCUUGGUUGUACUUCUGUUAUCUGCUCAGACAAGACUGGUACGCUUACGACGAACCAGAUGUCAGUGUGCAGGAUGUUCAUUCUGGACAAGGUUGAGGGGGAUACUUGUUCCCUUAAUGAGUUUACCAUAACUGGGUCAACAUAUGCACCUAUUGGAGAAGUGCAUAAAGAUGAUAAACCAGUGAAAUGUCAUCAAUAUGAUGGUCUUGUGGAAUUGGCAACAAUUUGUGCUCUUUGUAAUGAUUCUGCAUUGGAUUAUAAUGAGGCAAAGGGCGUGUAUGAAAAAGUUGGGGAAGCUACAGAGACUGCUCUCACUUGCCUAGUAGAGAAGAUGAAUGUAUUUGAUACCGAAUUGAAGGGUCUUUCUAAAAUAGAAAGAGCAAAUGCCUGCAACUCGGUCAUAAAGCAGUUAAUGAAAAAAGAAUUUACUCUCGAGUUUUCACGCGAUAGAAAAUCAAUGUCAGUUUAUUGUACACCAAACAAACCAAGCCGGACAUCGAUGAGCAAAAUGUUUGUGAAGGGCGCUCCCGAAGGUGUCAUUGACAGGUGCACCCACAUUCGGGUUGGAAGUACCAAAGUCCCUAUGACCCCUGGAGUCAAACAGAAGGUCAUGUCUGUCAUCAGGGAAUGGGGUAGUGGCAGCGACACACUGCGGUGCCUGGCUCUGGCCACUCAUGACAACCCACUGAGAAGAGAAGAAAUGAACCUUGAGGACUCUGCCAACUUUAUCAAAUAUGAGACUAAUCUGACUUUCGUUGGCUGUGUGGGCAUGCUGGACCCUCCAAGAAUUGAAGUGGCCUCUUCUGUGAAGCUUUGCCGGCAAGCAGGCAUCCGGGUGAUCAUGAUCACAGGGGACAACAAAGGCACUGCUGUGGCCAUCUGUCGCCGCAUUGGCAUCUUUGGGCAGGACGAGGAUGUGACGUCAAAGGCUUUUACGGGUCGGGAGUUUGAUGAGCUCAGUCCUUCAGCCCAGAGAGAUGCCUGCUUGAAUGCCCGCUGUUUUGCUCGAGUUGAGCCUUCCCACAAGUCAAAAAUUGUAGAGUUUCUUCAGUCUUUUGAUGAGAUUACAGCUAUGACCGGGGAUGGCGUGAAUGAUGCUCCCGCCCUGAAGAAAUCGGAGAUUGGCAUUGCCAUGGGCUCUGGCACGGCAGUGGCUAAAACCGCCUCUGAGAUGGUCCUGGCCGACGACAACUUCUCCACCAUUGUGGCUGCUGUCGAGGAGGGGCGGGCGAUUUACAACAAUAUGAAGCAGUUUAUCCGCUACCUCAUCUCUUCGAAUGUGGGGGAAGUUGUCUGUAUUUUCCUGACUGCAGCCCUUGGAUUUCCUGAGGCUUUAAUUCCUGUCCAGCUGCUCUGGGUCAAUCUGGUGACAGACGGCCUGCCUGCCACCGCACUGGGGUUUAACCCACCUGAUCUGGACAUCAUGAACAAACCACCCCGGAACCCGAAAGAACCACUGAUCAGCGGAUGGCUCUUUUUCCGUUACCUAGCUAUUGGCUGUUACGUUGGCGCUGCUACUGUGGGUGCUGCCGCUUGGUGGUUUAUUGCUGCCGACGGGGGUCCAAGGGUGUCCUUCUACCAACUGAGCCACUUCCUACAGUGUAAAGAUGACAACCCGGACUUUGAAGGAGUGGAUUGUGCAAUCUUUGAGUCCCCGUACCCGAUGACAAUGGCGCUGUCUGUUCUAGUAACCAUAGAGAUGUGUAACGCCCUCAACAGCUUGUCUGAAAACCAGUCUCUGCUGAGGAUGCCCCCUUGGGAGAACAUCUGGCUCGUGGGCUCCAUCUGCCUGUCCAUGUCGCUCCAUUUCCUCAUCCUCUACGUGGAACCUUUGCCACUUAUUUUCCAGAUCACACCGCUGAACUUGACCCAGUGGCUGAUGGUGCUGAAAAUCUCCUUGCCUGUGAUUCUAAUGGAUGAGACACUCAAGUUUGUGGCCCGCAACUACCUGGAACCUGCAAUACUGGAGUAACCGCUUCCUAAACCAUUUUGCAGAAAUAUAAGGGUGUUCGGUUGCGUGCAUGUGCGUUUUUAGCAACACAUCUACCAGCCCUCUGCAUGAUUGAUGUUGGGGGAAAAAGAAAAGUAGAAAAAAGUCCCCAACUCAUUGUGUGUUAUGUGGAGGAAACGUGUAUUACCAACGGGUUUAGCUUUUAAAUCAAAAUAAUAAUUACAAAUGUACAAUUUAGCUUAAUGAAUCAGAAAGCCUCUCCAGCGAACUUUGGUUUCUUUGCUGCAAGAAGACUGAGGUUUUGAAACCUUAUCUAAGAACUUAGAAGCCAUCAGCCAAGUCUCCAUAUUUCUCUGUGCAAAAUGUCAUAGCUUAUAUAAAUGUACAAUAUUCAAUUGUAAUGCAUGCCUUCAGUUGUAAGUAGCUAGAUUUCUCUAUGGUGUCAUUUAAACAUGCUACUUUUUACUUGGCUCUGUACAGUUUGCUUAUUUAUAAAUUUAUUGAAAACACUGCAGGUGUUGAAAGGUUAAAACGUAGGCCUCCAGUUCAUAACUUGUUAUUUUUUUUGAGUGUGCAAACGGCUAUUUUGCACUGUAUUAAAUGUAACUUAUUUAAUGAAAUCAGAAGCAGUAGACAGAUGUUGGUGCAAUACGGAUAUUGUGAUGCAUUUAUCUUAAUAAAAUGCUAAACGUCAAUUUAUCACAACGCAUGUUUGACUUUAGACUGUAAAUAGAGAUCAGUUGUUUAUUUCUGUGCUGGUAUAGCAACAAGCAUUGCACAGACAUGGUUUCAGGUAAAUAAAUCUAUUCUACGAUAA